GCCGCCCCGCCACCGAGCGCAGGCCCAGACACCUCCAGGCGCUCACCAGCCCGCUACGAGCGGCCCCGCGGCCGUCUGAGGCUGCUUGUGGGCCCCGGCAGUUCCGCUUUAGCCGCGGCAGGGCGGCGUCUGACGGAGCCGUCGUCCCUCGCGCAGUCGGGGAGAGGCUGCGUGAGGGAGGAGCGGGCGGCGCGGCGCGGCCCGAGCAGGAAGCGCUCGGCGGCGGCUCGCUGCCUGCAGGGGGGUGAUCUGCGGGGAGCUGCUGCGGCCGGCACAGCCCGUGCGGGGAGCAUGAGGCGGCGGGAGGAGGACGAGUGAAGGGCCGCGCCUCUUCGCCUCCUCCCUCUCCGGUCUUUGCUGUCGGGGCUGCAGGAGGAGCCGGGAGGAAGAUGGAGCCGUUCCCCAGCGAUCAGAUUCAGCUACCCAGAAACAUGAUUGAAAACAGUAUGUUUGAGGAAGAGCCUGAUGUGGUUGACUUGGCAAAAGAGCCCUGUUUACACCCCCUGGAGCCUGAUGAAGUUGAAUAUGAACCAAGAAGCUCGCGGCUCUUGGUGCGUGGCCUUGGGGAGCAUGAAAUGGAUGAAGAUGAAGAGGAUUAUGAGUCAUCAGCAAAACUGCUGGGGAUGUCCUUCAUUAACAGAAGCUCGGGUCUCCGGAAUAACAUGUCUGGCUAUAGACAAGGUCCAGAUGGCUCUUGCUCAGUGCCCUCUACGAGGGCCAUGCUGGUUUGCACUGGUGUUCUUGUGAUUGCAGUUUCGGUGAUAAUGGUGAUUUAUCUUCUUCCCAAAUGUACCUUUACCAAAGAAGGCUGCCAUAAAAAAAAUCGUACAAUGGAACUAAUAUACCCUUUGGCAACCAAUGGAAAGCUGUUUCCAUGGGCAAAAAUAAGACUUCCUUCUGAUGUAGUACCACUGCAUUAUGAUCUUGACUUGCAUCCAAACCUAACUACCCUGAAAUUUACAGGCUCUGUGAAGAUAGUAGUUAAUGUCACCCAGGUAACUAAGAAGAUUGUGCUUCACAGCUCAGGACUAAAUAUCACCAAGGCAACUAUUACUUCAACAGCAGGAAGUCAAGAAAAGGCAGUUGAAUUGCUGGAAUAUCCAUUGCAUGAUCAGAUUGCAGUCUUGACUCCUGAGCCUCUUCUUGCAGGACAGAAUUACACUGUCAACUUGGAAUAUUCAUCUAAUUUAUCAGAUACAUACUAUGGCUUUUACAGAAUUUCUUACAAGGAUGAGAAUUCUAAGCAAAGGUGGUUUGCUGCAACUCAGUUUGAGCCUCUUGCUGCAAGGUCUGCUUUUCCAUGCUUUGAUGAACCAGCACUUAAAGCGACUUUUUCAAUCAGGAUCAAGAGAGAUGAGAAACUUUCCACUCUGUCGAAUAUGCCAAAGAAAGCCACUACUCCUGUGACAAAGGGAAUUGUACAAGACGAAUUUUUCAUGAGUUUGAAGAUGAGCAGCUACCUGGUAGCCUUUGUUGUUGCAGACCUGAAAAACAUCAGCAUGGAAACAAAUGGAAGUUUGGUAUCUGUUCAUGCCAUUCCACAGCAUAUAAGCCAAGUAGAGUAUGCUCUAAACACAACAGUGAAACUUCUAGAAUUUUAUGAAAACUACUUUUUAAUAAAUUACCCUCUUGAAAAAUUAGAUUUAGCAGCUAUUCCUGAUUUUCAGUCUGGUGCUAUGGAAAACUGGGGGUUGACCACAUACCGGGAAACAACACUCUUGUUUGACAAUAAUGCUUCUUCUGCAAGGGAUAAAAAGCUAAUAACUGCAGUGAUAGCUCAUGAGCUUGCCCAUCAGUGGUUUGGCAACCUAGUAACUAUGGAGUGGUGGAAUGAUCUGUGGUUAAAUGAAGGAUUUGCCACUUUCAUGGAGUACUUUGUGAUGGAGGAGAUUUUUCCAGAAUUACAUUCAGAUGAAGAUUUCCUAAAUCUAAUAUUCAAGGCUAUGAAGAAGGAUUCCUUGAAUUCUUCACAUGCAGUCUCUUCUGCUGUCCAGUCAUCAGAGCAAAUUGAAGAAAUGUUUGAUACACUCUCUUACAUAAAGGGAGCUUCACUUCUGAUGAUGCUGAAGCAUUAUCUCACUAAAGAUGUUUUUCAAGCUGGCAUUGAGAUAUAUUUGCAUAAUCACAAGUAUGGAUCUGCCCGAAGCGAUGACUUGUGGGACAGCAUGAAUGAGAUAACCAAUGGAACACUAGAUGUAAAAAAGUUAAUGAAAACCUGGAUUCUGCAUAAAGGAUUUCCUUUAGUGACUGUUAACCGGAAAGGAAAGAUCAUCUCAUUACAUCAGGAAAAAUUUUUAUAUUGUGUGGAAUCAGAUAAUUGGACAUCAGACUCGAGUUAUCUCUGGGAUAUUCCUCUCACCUACAUGACUAACAGGUGCAACUUUACCCAUUGCAUCAAUGCAUAUUUACUGGACCAGAAAUCAGCUGUCAUUGAACUUCCAGAAGAGGUGGAAUGGAUAAAAUUCAAUGUGGACAUGAAUGGUUAUUACAUAGUAAAUUAUGAUGAAGACUGGCAAACACUGAUUGAUCUGCUGAAAAAAACCCACACUGCUUUAAGUGCUAAAGACAGAGCCAAUUUGAUCAACAAUAUUUUCAGCCUUGCAAGUCUAGGAAAAGAGUCUCUGAAAAAGGCCUUUGAGCUGAUCGAUUACAUUAAGGAGGAGAGCAGCACUGCACCUCUCACUCAAGCUUUGUUCCAGCUGGGUCUUAUUUUCAGCCUUCUAGAGAAAAGGGGUGAACAACAACUGGCAGCACGCGUCAUGAACAGAAUAGAACUCCUACUUGGAAACAAAAUUGAUCAACAGCACUGGACAGAUGAUGGGACAUUAUCUGAACGAGAACUUCGGUCAAUGCUGCUAACUUUUGCAUGCAUCCAUGAUAUAAGAAACUGUAGAACAACUGCAUCUGAGUUGUUUGAUAAAUGGAUGAAAUCUAAUGGAACGAUGAGUCUUCCUAGUGAUCUCAUGAAAGCCAUAUUUAUAACUGGAGCCAAAACUAACGAUGGCUGGGAAUUCCUCCUAAGGAUGUACACCUCUUCAGUUCCUGAAGCAGAGAAAAGCAAAAUAAUAGAAGCUUUGGCCAGCACAGAAGAUGUCAGAAAGAUGAUGUGGUUAAUGCAGAACAGCCUUGAGGGAGGAGUCAUCAGGACGCAGGAGCUCUCGCAUAUCAUAGCAACUAUUAGCCACAGUUUGCCUGGACAUUUGCUGGCCUGGGACUUUGUCAAAGAGAACUGGGAAAAACUUACAAGAAAGUUUCACCUGGGCUCAUAUACUAUACAGAAUAUCAUUAGCUCAUCAACUUCCCAGUUUGCAACAAAGGUGCAUCUACUUGAGGUGAAGACAUUUUUUGAGUCAAAAUCAGAAGAGAGCUCUAAACUGCGUUGUGUAAAAGAGGCGAUUGACACAAUUCAACUUAAUAUCCAGUGGAUGGAGACGAACUUAGCAAAGCUACAAGAAUGGCUGUAGUGCACUUAAUGUUAUAGUGUGCCAGCCAAUAGGAAAUCUGUGGACAUCUGCUCCAUUUCUUUUGCAAAAGCCAGGAUGAAACCAGGCAUCGCUGCAACAUUGUUUGCACUAUUAGAGAGUCUAGAUAGCUCAGGGCAUGUCUCACAUAAAAUUUGGUUUCCCUUGAAGCGUUUGUGUGCAGGAUUAAAUAUUUAUUCUGAAGCCAUUUUCAUCUGUAGACCAAACAUCUCCGUGAGUGAUGAUACAUCAUUUUUUAUAUUUGAAGCUUACACCCUUAAUUUGGAAUCAUGUUCCAGUUUCUCAUCAGUGGAAUUAAUAAUUAUUUUUAAAUGUAAAAAUAAAGGUAGCUUCCACAGAAAUUACAGAAUCUGAUGUACAACAGAGUCAUACUCAAGAUAUCCAUUAGUGGACUGAACCAUUAACUGAUGUUGCUGUGUUAUUUGUGAGCAACUGCACAAAAGAACCAUUGGAAGUGGCUGGAGGGUAGUUCAUCUGUUAAAGUGACUACUGAUUUCUCCACUUUUGACUGUUUAGUUUUCAUUUCAUCACUUGUUUCUGAGGUUCUGUAGUUAGUCAGCGUGUGUCAGCCACUUCAUUAGGAUAACUUUUUUUUUUCCCUUGCUUGUUACUUCCUAUAUACCUAUAUUGCAGGACAAAUUGUGUAUGCUGUUUCUUGUUUUUUCAACACAGUUCUAGGAAUCUUCUCAUUUAGUGCUUAAUGGUUUCUUCUUACACUGUUGUGAAAAACCUGGUGAGACAAAUCUGCAAAUUCUUUAAAAGAAGGGGAUCUAAAAGCAGAGAUGUACCACAUUGGAAAGGCAAAGUACCAGUUGUGCAUUCUGUCUGCCAAUCAGAAGCAGUGAAAAAGGCCAUUUUUGAGGCUUCGUAUAUCCAUACAACACAUAGAAGAUUAAGCGUACUUGUUUAUGUGGAGAUGUGAUGAUGUUUUUGAAUGUUCCAUUUCACUACUAAUGCACCUUCUGUGGAUUCUUGCAAACAGAUUCACCUGUUGUCUUAUUACAAGCCAAUUACACGAUCAGUUGUAAACUGCUGUGAAAGCGUUAACAGAAGUUGAAUUGUUUGAACUAAAUAAAUUUAAUCUACCAGUAAAUUCUGAAGAAGGUGACACUUAGAAUGUCACAGGUAAUUCAGACUGAAGGCUUUGAUUUAUGAAAUUGCAGCCUUGCCUGUACAGUUAAUUCGCAGAAAUGAUAAGCUACGAUAAACUUAAACCAUGCUGUAUUUUUCCCAUCCUUUCAGUAUGGGAAGUGCUUUCCUAGAAAAGAAGUUUCUCAUUUUUUCUCAUCAGCUCACAUUAAAAAUAACAUUUGCAGUUCUAAUCGUGAAGUUAUCAGAAACAAUGUUAGCUUUGAGAGUGUACAAAUGGAUGUUUGCCCAAGAGGCCCAGAAAUGAACAGUUUUCACAGGUACUUCAGAAGGACUUGGUGGUGUAAGCACUGAAAGUAGGUCAUAACAUCCUGUUUCCAUGCAAGUUAUGCAAUUAGAAUUGUAAUCAACUACGUUCUUUCGUGUUUUAUUAGCCAGCUGUCACAUCUUCUGGUUUUAUUUCUGCAUCUUAUUUAAACCUCUGUGCUCUUUGCAUAAAUAUUAUCUCCAUAUUUGUAUAUUUGUGUGUACAUAGUUAUCAGUUUUGUUUUGCAGUCCCUUCUCAGUGUUAAAUGCUUUCACUUUUCUAUCCUCUCAGACUUGUUUUUCUUCAGCUCUGACUGGUACUGAGGCAUAUAUAAUUUUAGAUGGAAACUGUGGAGGAAGAUCCCCUCUUCUUCCUGACUUCUGCUGUAGGAUUUUUUAACAUUUUGUUCAGACGCUUUACUGAUAGCUAGCUCUUUGCAAGGAAACUGCAUGUGCAGCUCAUCUUCAGAAUGUGAACUGUACUAAGGAAGUCUGGAAGAUCAGAGAGAUUUUGGAGGAAUUUCUGAAUAUUUUUUUCAUUUUACUAUUCUUUGGGGGUUUUUUGUUUUGUUUUUUAUUUUAUUUUAUUUUUUUUAAUUAAGCAAUACUUUCACUAUGCCAUUUUUAGAGGACUUGAUAUUCUUUUAUGUCAUGUAAUCUAUAACUUCAUUAAAAGUUGUACUGGAGUCUUUCAAGUGAAGUUCUUAAAAAUGAUCCUCUCUUUUUGAGAUUAUUGGGAACUGAUGAGGGUUAGAAUGGCAAAGGCAUGAGCAAUGAACUGCCCUUUAAGAGUCACAUCUGUCAUGCCUUACUGCAGAUAAUGAAAUCUUAUUAGUUCUUUGAGCUUUCUUUGGCUUUUGGUCAAAUGAAAAGCACAUUGUAGCCAGCAGCAACACUUUAACUAGAAAAUACUAUGGAAAUUAAGUAAAAUUGCAGAGCUAAAGUUUUCUGUACAUCCUAGGACUCACUUGCUUUCCAGUAGAAGAUCUUUACUGUGCAAAGCUGUGCUGAUGCUGCAUCAUUUCCUGCAAUGUGAAAUGAUGGUGUUCAAUACAUUGGAAUUGCAGAGUUUAUAUCUGGAUGUUCUGCAUCAGUUACUGUCCUCAAAGCCAUUAUGCACUGGUUGUUUUGUUAGUUCCCAGUAUCCUCAGUUCAUAAUGAGUGGCCUUUUAAGAACUAAUAGUGGUGAAAAUCAAACAUGCUUGUAAAUAUAUAUAUAUUUCUUUAUAUUUUCUGAUGUGAAAUUUGCCUACUAAGAAAAGUGCAAGCAAGCAGUUGAGCCCUGGAGAAAGGAUUGAUCCCUCUGCCAGCUCACCUUUUUUUUUUUUUUUUUUUUUUUUUUUUUUUCUUUAGAGAUGGAAGAAGUGCAAAUAAUGUAGGACAGAGCGUAAGACCUGUAAUGUAUGAAAAGAUGGUAACAUACAGAAUGAAGAAGUUUAGAAUAGGUGUAGUUGUUUGUUUGUUUUUUUCCCGUGUAACUGAUCAUAGAGAUGAUCGUUGUGCCUUAUGGCUGGCGAUUGAAGCAAUACGCCAGACAGCAUAAACAGCCUGUUCUCCUUCAGGAGCUAGCUGAGGUCUUGCAGACUGAGAAGGUUUGUUUUUCUGAGCACAACUCAACCCUGAGUUGAUGGGAAAACAGAACACCAUUGCUGAGGGUGCUUUCUUGUCAUACAGAUCAUUUCAUGGGUAAGUGAGGCAUGCUGGGGGGAGAACAACUGAGCAGCGUUGGCUUUUGUUGUGUCCUGUAAAUACGAUAUCACCAUUCUUCAGCAUACAAAUUUUCCAGUUAUGAAACUGCCACAUACAUAAGCACUUUGAAAAUAAUGUUGCAGCAACUUCCAUUUAUUAUGUUGCUGUCGAGCUCAUUUGGUUUCAGAUUAAUCCUGAAACUUCCUUCUUACCACUCGUCUGUGGAAAUUUCUUACUUGGUAGAGAGCCAGCUUGCUUGGGCUGUAAGAUCUGUAUUAGCUGUUGGGCUUGGCACUGAGAAGGUGAAGAAAGAUAUUGUCUUCCACAGGGAGGAGAAAUUUUAGGUCUUGAAACUUGUGAGACAGAUUGUACAUACAUUGUAAGAGAGAGCUGUGAGGAAACAAAUGGUGUGAGUAACUACUUCAUCUUAGUGGCCAGCAGAUACAGGAAGUCUAACUUCCAAAAUUCUUCUUAAGCAGACGUUCUGAGUCCAUCUUUCAGCUGUUCUCCCUUAGGUAGAACAUUCCAUGGUCUGACAUAGACUGUACCAUCCUUCCUUUGCUUUCUUGGGAGAUGGUGUCUUUCUUUGCACUCUGAAGUUCUAUUAAUGCUGCCUCAGUGACCAUUCUUACUUAGAUGCACUUGCUGGGUUUGGUCACAGACAUUUUAGCUCCUCACGAAACUCUGAUCCUCGAGUCACGUAGUGCACUCAGUUUGCCACGCGCUGAACAUUUAUUGUUUGAUAUUUGCAAUAAAGUGCAAACACAGUGAAUUUAAAAUAGUAAUACUGUUUAUGCUUAUCGCUUUCAUCAAGAUGCUACCAAAUGGUCAGAAAUUUUUGUUACUUUUUUUGAGGCAUGGAGUCACGCGGUUUCUAGGAAAAAAAUAUAUAUUUACCAUAUUAAACUCAGGUCAUAUUGCUAAAGAAUUUAAAUCUUUAAUUUUGUUGUGCUGUUUAAACCUGCUGUUGUAAUAGAGAUAUUGAUUUUUAUAUGUGAUAAUUUAACUUUGAUCCAGAAUAGGGGACAGGCAUCUUUUCCAAAUUAUAACACAAUCUUAAAGACACGGCUUUUAAAAAAGGGCAUAGCCUGAAUGAAUUUAAAGUCCAAUUUGAGGGGAGUUUUUAAAAAUGAAGCAUAGAUGUUCUGUUCCAAGAUUUGGGAGACUGGAAGAGUUUGAAUAUGCGGCAUAAGAUGGCUUUCUUCAGUGGGAACUGAGUCCUGUCAAGGUUAAGUUAGGUAUCCCUGAAAAACACCUUAUGGGCUCAUUUGAAAUGCUGUGUAGUGUAGGUACUUGUAAAGGGUUGCUCUUUGUAUUUUAAACACUGUAGUAAUAUACAAGACAAUGUCAAUUCACAGGUGUCUGAACUGUGAGUGGUAAAACUGCAGGUGGUUAAAUACCUGCCUUCAAAUGGGGAUUCAAAUAUUGUAUGUGUGCGUGUGUACGUAUAGAUAUAUAUAAAAUAUGCAAAGUCGUCUGUUUCAUUUGUAAAGGGAGAAAAAGCUUAUUUUCUUCAUAUUUCAGAGAACUGUUUUUGCAUAUUACCAGCACUGAUUUGGAAGGCAUGUGUAAUGCAAACACUAUUGCUUUUUGUGAGAUAGAAAUAAAGUAUUUCAAUAUAA